AUGUCAGUCUGUUCAUAUCUAUCUAUCUAUCUAUCUAUCUAUCUAUCUAUCUAUCUAUCUAUCUAUCUAAGCCAGUUCAAUAUCUAUCUAUCUAUUUUAAAUAAAAAUACUUCUUUAGACCUAUCGUCUUACAGACGGAUAGAGAACAUCGCGGAGUACGUAGUUGCAACAAAGUUUCUUUUUCUCUAUUUUUCUUAUUUCUUCUUUUCCUCGAGUUUUCUUCUUUUUUUUCUAAUUUUUCUGUUCUUUCUGUUAUUUGUUCGUUUUCUUUUCCACCUUUUUUCCACCUAUUUUUCUUUUUCUUUUUCUGUUCUUUUCCCUUUUCUUUUUUCUGUCUUUCUGUCUUUCUUUCUUUCUUUUCAUUUCAUUUCAUUUGAGAUUUUCUUUCAUUGUUCUCUUUCUACUUUUUCUUUAUUUUUCAUUUUUUUUCCAUUUUCUAUCCUUUUCAUUUUCUUUAUUUGUAAUUUUUCUUUUUCCUUUCUAUUUUCUUUUUGCUUUGUUUCUUUUUUUUUCUUUUCUCUGUUUCUUUUUUUUCAGUUUCCAUUAAUUUCAUUUUUUUCCUCUGUUUCUUUUUCAUUUUUCUGUUUCUUUUUCGUUUACUUUCUUUUUCUGUUAUUUUCUUUCUUUUUCUUCGUUUCAUUCUUUUUGCUUUCUUUUUUGUUUUCUAUUACAAAUAUUUCAUUUCCUUUCUUUUUCUGCUUCUUUCUUUGUCUUUUUGGGGGGUUUCUUUCUGUUUAUUUUGCCCCUUUUCUUUGUUUUUUUUUUUUCAUUUGCCUUCUUUUCCCUGUUCUUUUUCAAUUUCAUUAUCUUUUCGUAUUUUCUCUUUUUCAUUUUUUUUCUUUUUCUGUUUGUAUUUCUGUUUCUUUCGUUUUCUGUUUUUUUCUUUGUGACUUUUUUUUUUUCAUUUUGUUUCUUUUUCUGUUUUAUUUUUCUGUUUCUUUCGUUUUCUGUUUUUUCUUUGUGACUUUUUUCUUUUUCAUUUUGUUUCUUUUUCUGUUUCUUUCGUUUUCUGUUUUUUUCUUUGCGACUUUUUUCUUUUUCAUUUUGUUUCUUUUUUUUUCUUUCGUUUUCUUUUUUUUUUUUUUUCUUUUCAUUUUCUUUUUUUUUUUUUUUUUUCUUUCUUUUUUUUUUUUUUUCUUUCUGACUUUUUUCUUUUGCAUUUUGUUUCUUUUUCUCUUUUUCUUUUUUCUUAUUUUCCUUCUUUAUCUGUUUCCAUCUUUUUCUCUAUUUCUUUCUUUUUCCAUUUUUCUAUUUUCUAUCGCUUUCUUUCCCCUUCUUUUUCUUUCUUUUUUUCUUCUUCUUUCCUUUCGCGCCUUUUUAAUACAGCACGCUUCAUAUCGCAUUCUUUUCAGAUCAGUAUGCCUAUUUUUCUGCAUCUAUCUAUCUAUCUAUCUAUCUAUCUAUCUAUCUAUCUAUCUAUCUAUCUAUCUAUCUAUCUAUCUAUCUAUCUAUCACAGUCUAUUCAUUAUCUAUCUAUCUAUCUAUCUAUCUAUCUAUCACAGUCUAUUCAUAUCUAUCUAUCUAUCUAUCUAUCUAUCACAGUCUAUUCACAUCUAUCUAUCUAUCUAUCUAUCUAUCUAUCUAUCUAUUUAUCUAUCUAUCACAGUCUAUUCAUUAUCUAUCUAUCUAUCUAACUAUCUAUCUAUCUAUCUACAGUAUAUUCAUAUCUAUCUAGCUAGCUACCAUAGUCUAUUCAUAUCUAUCUAUCUAUCUAUCUAUCUAUCUAUCUAUCUAUCACAGUCUAUUCAUUAUCUAUCUAUCUAUCUAUCUAUCUAUCUAUCUAUCACAGUCUGUUCAUAUCUAUCUAUCUAUCUAUCUAUCUAUCUAUCUAUCUAUCUAUCUAUCUAUCUCAGUUUGUUCAUAUCUAUCUAUCUAUCUAUCUAUCACAGUCUAUUCAUAUCUAUCUAUCUAUCUAUCUAUCUAUCUAUCUAUCUAUCUCAGUCUAUUCAUAUCUAUCUAUCUAUCUAUCUAUCUAUCUAUCUAUCUAUCUAUCUAUGA